GCCGGGGCGGGGCUGGGCCGGGCCGGGCCGGGCUGGGCGGCAGCGGCCCCGCUGCCAACGCGCGCAGCGCGGGCGAGGCGUCGGGAAUGGCUCCGGCAGCGACCGGCGGGAUCCCGCCGACUGCGCCAUCGCUGGGCCUGAUGGCUGACGGGCUGGGCAACAGAUCCGCUCUCGAUGGAGAGGUUCCGUGGGUUUUGUCAAGCCAUGGCUUACAGACAACUACUUUGACAACUAAAACGGAUGGCAAUGAUGGCAAGGCUGAACACCUAGAGUAUAUUGCCUUUGCUUUGGUUCCUGUUUUCUUCAUCAUGGGUCUCUUGGGGAUCCUUAUCUGCCAUAUCCUUAAGAAAAAAGGAUACCGUUGUACAACAGAAGCUGAAGAACUAGAAGAAGAAAAAAUUGAUGAAAAAAUAGAAAUGAAUGAAACUAUACAUGAGAAUAGUGACACUGUGGGACAAAUUGUUAACUACAUCAUGAAAAAUGAAGCAAAUGCUGAUGUGUUAAAGGCCAUGGUAGCAGAUAGCAGUGUCUUUGAACCUGAAAGCCCAUUAUCUCCUACCUCUCCUGAGAGUCCAAUGAGUCCAGGGACUCCUUUGUCACCAGGUGUUGUUCCAUUCAGACACAACUGCAAAGCCCAUCACUUCCAUACUGUUGGAGGAGUGGUGGAAAAGGAUGUUUGUACUCGCUGUAGCCACAAACGAUGGCACCUUAUAAAGCCAGCUCAAAAAUCUAAAGAGAACAGAAGAAGUCGUAUUGGAGAAGUUACAGUCCUUUCUGUGGGAAGAUUUCGAGUCACAAAAGUGGAUCACAAAUCGAACUCCAAAGAGCGGAAGAGCUUGAUGUCCGUUAGCGGCGUGGAGAGCGUCAAUGGGGAGAUGCCUGCCAAGCAGGAUGUGAGCGAAGCGCCCGCCACGCCUGCGAAACAGGAAAUGCAGGAGAGGAGAAGCUCUGACUAAAGGCAGGUGGAACUUUUAGAAGAAGAUUGUCUGCAAGCACUUUGGAGAAAACUGAAAAUUCCCAAGAGAUGCAUACUAUUUAAAGAAAUGUAUUUAUGGCAAUGUAGCAUUUCACAAGUUCUGUGAUGUCAUUCCUGCAAGGUUAAACACUUAAUGGUUUUUGACCAGUAAAAUAGUGAGAUUUAGACACUUAAAUAUUGUUGAGCUGUGUGGACAUCAUAACGAAUGGCUUCAUCUUGGAAAGAAAAAAUACGUACAAGUUUUUGGACAGGAAAGGUAAAAGCUUUAUCAAGUCUUAAACUUUUUUGUAUGUAGAUGAGCAUUUAUGAGCUCAAUAUAAAGAGUAAUACAAUUACCUCGUGGAUAAACUACAUUCACCCCAGUGAUCCAUCUGGAUUUUUCUUCUGUUCUGCCCACUCCAUAAUUGACAAGUGUUUGCUGAAGAUAAAAGCCAGCCUUUGAAAGAUGAAAAUAUUAUUUUAAUCCAACUGCUUGUAGCCAAGUAAAACAUAGAAGGAAUUAAUUGUCAGCCAAAUCUGCAUCUGUGCCUUCAGAACAUAAGCCCUCGAACUCUGUGCAGGGUACCUCCCAGGAGAGACUGGUUCAGCUAUAUGUAGAUGUUAAAUUAAAUCGUUGCUCCCCAGGCCUGUACCUCUCCCUCUCUGCAGUUGGAUGAGCUCUUCGUGAGGUUACUUUCCUCAAGGGCUUGUGUUCUCCUGUUUUCUUGGAACUGCUCACUCAUAUUCGAAGAGGGCCUAAUAGUUUUGCUUUUCUUUUUUUGUUCUUACCCACAGGUUCCUUAUUAAGUUAAGGCAACAUAUUUCAAGCCUUAGAUAAGGAUAUGGAAUAUUGGGCAUUAAAAAAAUAUAUGGAAUAUAUACUUAAGUGCUUCAGAGUGGCUUUAUUGGACUGAGGGUAGUUGUAUUCAUUGGCAACAAAAUCUUAAGCCAGUGUUACUCCUUUCAUAUUUUAAGUGUGACUUAAUGCUAAAAUUACCAUGGCAUUGUGAUAUUAAUUUUCUGUAUCUACUUAUGAUCUUAGCUUUGUCCUGUUACUUGCUCUGGGGAGAGAAAUCUCUGUAAUACUUCAGCAAGCUUUUCUGUGUAACUGAAAAUCAUAUCAAUGUUCCGAGUGCCUAAGAAUAUAAGCUCUAAUAUAAAGCUUUUUAGUAGAGAUUGCACUAUAUUCUGAGAACUAUAACUUAAUCUGCUUUAUGAACUCAAGGAAAAUCAGUGUAUGUUUUUGAAAUGGAUUUAUUUUAAAUUGAUACCUUCAAUCUUUUUAAACAAGAGCUCUAAAUUGUGUUUCUUCAUAUCUGAGAAUUGUGUUUCUUCACUGAUUUAUGUAUGCAGUGUUAACAAUGUGUACAAAAUUACUCUUGCUUGUGUAUUAGUUACUCUCAUGUCUUGUCAGGAAACAUCAAGUUUCACUCUCGCUGCAAUUAUGUGCUGCUGAUGGUCUUCAUUCUGUGUGUAUCCACAAGAUACUGAUUGGUCCUAUCAAUGUGUACUUUUCAGUGAUGCUACAUUUGCCAAAAAACCCACCACUACCCACCCAAACUUUGAAAAUAAUUAAUGUUUUAUUGUUCGUUUCAAAAUGGAUAUUUUUAGAGAUAAUUGUCUGUCCUUGAGAACUCAAAAUAAUGUUUGGCUGGGACUCUAACUUCAGCGUUUAGUACUGUUCCCUGCUCCCAUAAAUUUAAAAUCAGCUUGUGAAGUCUCUUCAAUAUUUAAGUACAACAUAAACACCAACCUUAUCUUACAGGCACACAUUAAGCUUCACAUGAUUAUUUGUGUGAAGAAUAUUUCUAGAAGAUUUAAUUAGUAUUGUUUGUAGUAAUAAGCUUUCAGUUUCCAAGAGAUUGAUAGCUAUGAGUAUAAAGUGUUACUGGAAAAAAGAAGCAGUGGAGAAAACAGCAGUUUUCAGAUGAUUUUCAGAAAGAAGAUACGAAGUUACAGACUGUCCCCAAAGCUUUUUCUAAAAAAAGGGCAGUUUGUCUUGAUAUUGUAUUUUGAUAGAUGAUGGGUUAGUACGGUGAAUAAAUGGCAAAAGGAUGGAAGAAAGUUUAAACGGUAAUAUGUAUUUUUUUUUACUUAUUUUAAAAGUAGUUUCUAUUUUGAUUCUAUUGAAAAUAAAAGAGAAAAAAGAGAUGGAAAUAUGUUGGAUAUGUAAAAUAUUGUUUAGCUGUAUAAAGUAAUUAUGUAAGGUAUUAUGAGACCUGAUAUGUGCAAGAAUUGAAUUUAUGCAUUGCAACCUAAGUAAGAGAGGAUUUAGAAACUGUGCCUGUUUCAUUGCCUUUAACACUACACUGCUAUUGUAGGGGUAUGCAUAUUGCCAUAUUAGUCUGCUUUUCUUAAAUUUGCUUAUCAAAUGUAUUUUUAACGAAAUAGUUUAUAUACAACUUUUAUACUACCAAGCAGUAAAUAAAAAAUAUUGAUUCUUAAGCUUG